GAAGCGUUUUCUAUGCGGACAGCUGAGAGCGAGCGAGCGAGCUAACGCUAACAAACAAACCGUCAAACUCUGGAGCUUGUCUGCUCGGAGUCUGAUUAUCUUUUGUGAUCUGGGGGCCACUUAAGUCUUAGGUUAACAAGUACAAGUUCGUGUCAAAAAAUAAAAAUGUGGGCUGAAAUACCCAUUUAAGUAAGCAGUGUUGUAGACAUAGUUGUAGCUAGCCAGCUAGCUUGUGGACAGUGGGGCCAAAGUACCCAGACACACUAGCUAACUAGCAAGGUUCGUGUGCCUGCUAGCUCUCCCUGUCUACUUUUAGCGGUUCAUUUCUGGUGUUCUCAUUUAUUCCAGUCGGGGUGUACAUGAGGGAGGAUGGACUGGACAAAUUAACCAUUUUAACUAGUUUUGUGCGCUUUAGCGAACGCUAACUAGCCAGCCAGCUAGCAAGCUAAGUGACCAGGUCCCGUGCUGUGGUGCCCUUAGCUCAGUAGCUAUUUGGCUACUUGUUUUCGGUCCAUCAGCUUCCGUGUUAGUUGGUUAGUUAGCUGCAUGUUUCUUCUAAAGUAAUGCUACUUGCAAAGCUGGUGUUAAGGAGUUCAGCAUAACUAUCCACACUGCCGCCAUGCACGACGCAUACGAGCCCGUACCUAUUUUGGAGAAACUGCCCCUCCAGAUUGACUGUCUCUCGGCCUGGGAGGAUUGGCUGCUUGUUGGGACAAAACCAGGGCAUCUUCUCCUUUACAGAAUCAAGAAAGAUGCAGGUACGAAUAGAUUUGAGGUAACGCUGGAGAAAUCCAACAAGAACUUCUCAAAGAAGAUCCAACAGCUGUUCGUUGUAGCCCAGUACAAGAUUUUGGUCAGCUUGUUGGAGAAUAACAUCCAUGUCCAUGACCUACUCACGUUCCAGCAGAUCACUGUGGUAUCAAAGGCCAGAGGAGCCACACUUUUCGCUUGUGACCUGCAGCAGUCCAGCUCGGGUGAGGCAAAGUUGCGGAUGUGUGUUGCUGUCAAGAAAAAACUACAGCUGUAUUACUGGAGAGACAGAGAGUUCCAUGAGUUGCAGGGAGAUUUUGCAGCCCCAGAUAUUCCUAAAUCCAUGGCUUGGUGUGAAAAUUCCAUAUGUGUAGGUUUUAAACGUGACUACUAUCUCAUCCGGAUGGAUGGGCGUGGUUCAAUCAAAGAGCUCUUCCCAACAGGGAAGCAGCUGGAGCCGCUUGUAGCCCCACUGGCUGAUGGGAAAGUGGCCGUGGGUCAGGACGACCUCACGGUCAUCUUGAACGAGGAUGGAAUUUUCCCCCAGAAGUGUGCCCUCACCUGGACGGACAUCCCUGUUGCAAUGGAGCACCAACCCCCCUACAUCAUUGCGGUGCUUCCGCGCUACGUGGAGAUCCGCACCUUUGAGCCCAGGCUGCUGGUACAGAGUGUAGAGCUGCAGCGACCUCGCUUCAUCACCUCCGCAGGCCCCAACGUGGUGUACGUCGCCAGCAACCAUUUCGUCUGGCGCCUCGUGCCCGUCUCCAUAGCAAGUCAGAUCCGGCAGCUGUUGCAGGACAAGCAGUUCGAGCUGGCUCUCCAGCUGGCGAAGAUGAAGGACGACACGGACGGCGAUAAGAGACAGCAGAUUCACCACAUCCAAAAUCUCUACGCCUUUAACCUCUUCUGUCAGAAACGCUUCGACGACUCCAUGCAGGUUUUUGCAAAGCUUGGCACAGAUCCUACUCAUGUGAUUGGGCUGUAUCCAGAUCUGCUGCCCUCUGACUACCGUAAGCAGCUGCACUACCCCAACCCUCUGCCCGCUCUGUCUGGGGCUGAGCUAGAGAAGGCCCACCUGGCUCUCAUUGACUACCUAACACAGAAACGGAGUCAUUUGGUGAAGCAAUUGAAUGAUUCUGAUCCCUCCACCACCUCCCCACUUAUGGAGGGCACGCCCACCAUCAAAAGCCGCAAAAAACUGCUCCAGAUCAUAGAUACCACCCUGCUCAAAUGCUACCUCCACACCAACGUGGCCUUGGUGUCGCCCCUCCUGCGUCUGGAGAACAACCACUGUCAUGUGGAGGAGAGCGAGUACGUGCUGAAGAAGGCCCACAAAUACAGCGAGCUCAUCAUCCUCUAUGAGAAGAAAGGCUUGCACCAGAAAGCUCUGCAGGUCCUGCUGGAUCAGUCCACCAAAGCCAACUCCCCUCUUAAGGGUCAUGAGAGGACCGUACAGUAUCUCCAGAGACUGGGCACAGAGAACCUGGGAGUCAUCUUCGAGUUCUCCCCAUGGGUGCUGAAGAUGUGUCCGGAGGACGGCCUGAAGAUUUUCACCGAGGACCUGCCAGAGGUGGAGUUGCUCCCCAGAAAUGCGGUGCUGGACUUCCUGAAGGAGGGCUUCAAGGAGCUGGCCAUGCCCUAUCUGGAGCACAUAAUAUAUGAGUGGAAUGAGAGCGGCCCAGAGUUUCACAAUGCGCUGGUCCGCCUGUACCUGGAGAGGGUGCAGGCCCUGAUGAAGGAGUACCUCAACUCCCUGCCAGAGGGCGUCCCAGCUGUGGCUGCGGGGAAGGAGGAUGGCGAGCUCGGAGAGUUCCGAAACAAGCUUCUCUCCUUUCUGGAUAUUUCCACCUGCUACGAACCGGAGAGGCUAAUCAGCAACUUCCCGUUUGACGGUCUGUUGGAGGAGCGCGCUCUGCUCCUGGGUCGCAUGGGCAAGCAUGAGCAGGCCCUCUUCAUCUACGUGCACGUCCUGAAGGACACGCACAUGGCAGAGGAGUACUGUCACAAACACUAUGACAAAGCGGCAGAUGGCAGCAAAGAUGUGUACCUGUCCCUGCUGCGCAUGUACCUGUCCCCUCCAGAUGUCCACUGCUUGGGUCCCAUUAAGAUGGAGGUGUUGGAGCCCCAGGCCAACCUCCCUGCUGCCCUGCAGGUCCUGGAGCUGCACCACAGCAAACUCGACACCACCAAGGCGAUAAACCUCCUUCCAGCCAACACUACGGUUUUGCACAUCCGUGUCUUCCUGGAGAGCGUGUUGGAGGAGAAGGCACGGAGGAAGCGCUACGACCAGGUCCUCAAGAGCCUCCUACAAGCGGAGUUCCUGCGGGUCCAAGAGGAGCGAAUCUUUCAUCAGCAGGUCAAAUGUGUGAUUACUGAGGAGAAGACCUGUCGUGUGUGUAAGAAAAAAAUCGGGAACAGUGCCUUUGCCAGGUAUCCAAAUGGUGUAGUGGUCCAUUACUUUUGCUGUAAGGAUCGCAGUGUGUGCCCCACUGAGCAGUGAGAUGACCCCUACCCCCAGCUGGACAUCACCCACUGCUGCAAAGACGCUUGUGGUGCAACGCUGUGAAGGUCCUACCGGAAGAAAUGCCAGACUGGGUCGAAAACUAUCCAGUCCAGUUGGUAUAACGGAGGCAUCGUGGGGACAGAAUUACCAAACCUUGGACCGGUUUACUUCUCAUGUCUGUACAAUAGCUGUGGACAGAGACGCGACAGUGCAAACAUGGUUGCUGUUGUAUUUCUGUCCGUGAAGGCGCUUGUCAAUGCACAACACAUACUGUAGACAUUUUUUGCUUUCUUGUGAGGAAAAUCUUAGUCUCUCCAUCUGUCCUUGGUUUCUUUCUGUCUCUUCAGUUUUCCUAGAGUUGUGUCUCAUGCACCGCUCGCAUGCCCCGUGUGUACAACGUAAAGGCUCGUGUUUCUUUGCCUGUCAGUGUUCUCGUUCUGUUUGUGAGUGGGUGCUCUGGUUUGGAGCGGAUUAGUUGGAGGAGGCUCUGGUCUGAAGCGGCAGGGCUAAAGGCCGCACCGCUCUGGGCGGGCGUCACACACGAGGUGGUGCUGGACUCUUUGACUCUUCUAUUUUCCCUUCUCUCCCACCCCCCCAGUGUAUUCUGUUCUUUUCCCAGAGUAAGCCAACCCUUGGGUCACAGUACAUGUUUCUUUUUAAUCCUUUUGUUGUUGUUGGCUGCUUUUAUUCUUCAGAGCUGCUGUUCUCUGAUCACUGUAGCAUGGCACUUUCGGGCUUCUGUUUCACUUAAUUUAUUCUUAACAAAGAACUUGCUGUGCAAAUGCAAAGUCACUAAUAAGUGCAGUUUGAUAGCAUAGGUGUUUAAUAACCGCUCACCGAUGGAAUGCAGCCUUAGGGGAACCCAUGCUCUGGCUCGUCACUGCAACCCUAGCGGUCUGAUUUAACCUGAUCAGAUAUCCGUCAGCUCAAUCUUCCCUGGUUCUCGUGUGAUGACCUAGACUGUUUUGCGAAAGCGGAGCUGAUGUUUGGCUGCUUAUGUUUUGUAAACAGUGUGAUCUGUACGAUAUGUACGGGUUUAAAGAAGGUUGAUGUAUAAAUGAUAUUUUAUGUAUGACUUUGGGAGAUGUGUUAAUGCUAAUAAACAUGCGUCUUAUGUAC